AAUACGGGUAGAGCGGAAGAAGGCUGGCGUGAGGAGCGGCCGGUGAACUCCACAACUCACACCGAGUCUGAAACAGGAGAGAGAGAGAGAGAGGGAGGGAGAGAGGGAGAGAGAGAGGGAGAAGUCGUAUUGCUCUCCAGAUUGGGAAUGUGUGGAUUAUUUGUAGACUGUGUGAGGAGAAGUUGAGAAGCUGUGCGGUUUAAAUCUCGCUGCGGCGGCGGUGGAGAUUAACGGUGAUAACCGGAGCGGACGGAUCGCGUGUGAAGCGGAGAAGGAGCGCGUGGCGCUGCAGGAAUGACGGGGAAGUCGGUGAAGGAUGUUGACCGGUAUCAGGCGGUGCUGUCAUCACUGCUCACACUGGACGAAAACAAGUUCUGCGCUGACUGUCGAGCUAAAGGUCCCAGAUGGGCAUCCUGGAAUUUGGGAAUCUUCAUCUGUAUCCGCUGUGCAGGAAUCCACCGGAAUCUUGGCGUUCACAUAUCCCGGGUCAAAUCUGUUAACCUGGACCAAUGGACACAGGAGCAAAUUCAGUGUAUGCAGGAGAUGGGGAAUGCCAAGGCACGGCGCCUCUACGAGGCCUUUUUACCCGAGUGCUUCCAGCGUCCAGAGACAGACCAAUCUGCUGAGAUCUUCAUCCGGGACAAGUACGAAAAAAAGAAAUAUAUGGACAAGUGCAUUGACAUCCAAACAUUCCGAAAAGAGAAGAGUGAGACAGUAACAAAAGAGCCACCUGUUGUUUUCGAGAAGAUGAAGCCGAAGAAAGAGGAGCCUCAGCAAUACAAGAGUAGUCCAAAGAAGCAGUCUCAGUCAGUAAAUGACCUUUUAGGACUAGAUGCUCCUGUUGCAUCGGCGCCUGUAGCCAAUGGCAGUGCCAGUCCUGAGCAAAGUCUUGCCCUGGAUCUGUUCAGCUCCCUGCCUACAGCCACCUCACAUUCAGCCAGAAGCACACCUGGCUCCAGUUCUGCGUCCAACUCUAUGCCUAAAGGCCGAGCGGCAGCGUCGGUACCGGAGAACCUGAGCCUCUUCCUGGACCCGCCCACCAAAAACGAAGAAAGCAGCAAAAAGAUGUCCAAAGACUCCAUCAUGUCGCUGUACAGCAGUGUAACACCUCAGACCAACAUGACCGCUGGUGCUGGCAUGUACAUGGGGGCAGCUCAAAUGGGAUAUGCCCCUGUGCCUGGCUAUGGAAGCUACCAGGCUAUGGCCACACAGCAAGGAAUGAUGGGAACCAUGAUGGCCCCUCAGGUGAACAUGCUGGGGCAGCCAGGUGUUAUGGCACCAACAGGAGUGGCCACUCCAGCUCCGUAUAUGGCGGGAGUGCAAGGGGGCAUGAUGGGAGUGCACGGGGGCGUGAUGGGAGGCAUCGGGGCGCUGCCACAGCAGGCGUACACAGUGCAGCAGCCUCAGCAGCUACAGUGGGACGUCUCCCAGAUGACUAAUCAAAUGGCCGGUAUGAACUUUUACGGCCAGAGCCGCAUGACGGGAUACGGACAGCCUACGGGCGGAGCCUCGGCCCCCAGCACUAAUCAGGCGCUCGGCUCUCAUGUAUGGAAGUGAAAGCACGCCAAGUAAAAAUGUCUAGGUUUGGGAGCAUCGCAAUAAACUGUAAGGGAAUCGAGGGAGGCUUUUACACACUCUUCAUCUAACAUUCCUUCAGCAGUUAAGAGGAAAUGUUCUUUUCGAGGAUCAACCUGAAGAAGAGUUUCUACCUCCUGUUUGUUUUUUUUUUCCUCCAUAGCCAUUUUUUUUUUUUUUAACCCUGGGACUGGAAACGAUGUGGUUCAGGAGUCCAGCAUCUCUCUCUCUCUCUCUCUCUCUCUCUCUCUCUCUCUCUCUCUCUCUCUUCUUUCAUAGCAGCUACACCUCAAACACAGUGGCUCUCCUGAGCCACGCCCCUCAGCGUUUGUGACUUCCUCAGACGUGUAGUAACUGCACCGUUUUGUUUGCAUGUAGGUUCUGAGAUCUUCAGCUCUUCUUGCGUGUUCUUUUAUUUCACCGUUGUCUUUACGCUGUUACACUUUCCUUAGUGGUACACACUUAAUAAACCUGCAUGCACUGAUUGCUAAGCUACAUGCGUCAAAUGACCAGGAGAGACUGUAUAAUGCGUCAAGACGUAUUAUUUAAGCGUUAUCCCUUAAGUAAUGUGACGCUGCUGUUUUGGUCUGCGUGUUCCUGUCAUUUUGGGGUUUUUUUGUUUUGUUUGUUUUUUCCAGCUGCUGUGGAUGUUGAAGCCUGUAUUAGACACCUGGAUUGUAUGUACCUUUUUCUCUUUGUUUAAUCAAGGGUACUGUGAUGGAGCUGUAGUCCAGCUACUCUCCUCCUUCCCACUCAGGAGGGAAAUGUAAGGGAGAGGUUCUCAUAUCAAACUGAUAGAAAUCAUAGCCAAAGAAUGCAGAAUUAUUCAUUAUUUAGGAAAAAAUUAUAAUAAUAAUGCGUUUUGAUGCUUGCAAGAACAGUUUUCUGGUAACGUGUUAUUGAUUAGUCCUGUGAUCUUAAAAAAAAAAAAAAAAGUGUGUACCUGAUGUAUGUACCGUAUAUGUGAUUGCCUCCAGCACUCAAUGCCACAUUUGAUUGUAUGAACGGAGCACUGUAUAUAUAUAUUUUUCUUCACUGUAUAUAGGGUGCUCUCUAACUCAUAAGGGUCAGACUUAAUAUGACUAAACAGCAGGGUUUUAAUCGUUUAAACCGUACCUCUCGGCUUCAGUCUGUACAGAGACCAAAUGAAUGUUUCUCACUCACAUCGUGUGCUUCAGAUGGCAAUGUGGUUGGUUGGUUGGUUGGUUGGUUGGUUGGUUGGUUAAGAUCGCGGAGAUCCAGGCUAUAUUUACACGGCCUUAAGUUGACGAGGAACGCAUGCUUCUUAACCGUAAGGCUCAUUAACACGUGAUGAUAAAUUCCCGGCUCUUUUACAAUACACCUUCUCUGAUCACGUAUAGACAGAUGUCCACUUUGCGAUUGCACGUUAAUACAGGUUUUACAGGAACAUGAAUGUAGGAAGGUUUUUUUUUUUUAAAUCGUAUUUGACGAUAUUUAGCUUCUACUGUUCUACACAAAACAAAAAAAAAAAUCUUUCAGAUGUUAUUGGAACAGAAUACGCCGAUUUAGCCAUAACAUGAAAACCACUGACUGGUGACGUGAAGGACGUUCUCUCGUUACAACGGAUGUAUGAGAGAGCAAGAGAAGAGUCAGUUCUCAAAGUUGGUGUGUUGAAAGCAGGAAAAACGGGCAAGUGUAAGGAUCUGAGCGACUUUGACUUCGACAAGGGCCAAAUCGAUGUGAUGGCUAGAUGAUUGGGUCUGAACAUCUCCAAAAUGGCACAUAUUCUGGCGUGUUUCCGGUAUGCAGUGGUUUGUACCGACCAAAAGCGGUUCAAGGAAGGACAACUGAUGAACCGGCGACAGGAGCAUGGAUGUUGGAGGCUCAUUGGUUCAUAUGUAGCGCGAAGGCUUGCCCAUAUGGUCUGAUUCCAUAGAAGAGACACUGUAGCACAAACUGCUGAAAAAGUUAAUGCUGACACCUUUCUGUUUUCGGCAGCAAACAGUGAGCCUUCGAGACUCACAACCCUGUCUUCGGUUCACCAGUUCUCCUUCCUUGGACCACUUUUGGUCGGUACUAACCACUGCAUACCGGGAACACGCCACAAGAUGUGUCAUUUUGGACGUGCUCAGACCCGGUCAUCUCGCCAUCACAAUUUAGCCCUUGUCAAAGCUGCUCAGAUCCUUACACUCGCCCAUUUUUCCUGCUUCCAACACAUCAACUUCAAGAACUGACUGUUCUCUUGCUGCCUAAUAUAUCCCACCCCCUUGACGUGCCAUUGUAACAACAUAUUCACUUCACCUUUCAGUGUUUUUUCACGUGUUAUGGCUGAUCGGUGUACAUCUCAUGCUGUCUUUCACUCUUAAUUAAGAAUGCAUAUCUCUGUGGUUGACGCCGUGUAACGUCGAAUGCUUUGCUAACCCGUCUUUUUUUUUUUUUUUUUUUCUUCCAGGUAAAUGUGAAACCCUAUAUCUAUACACAUUCCAUACUAUACUAUAAUUUUAUCCAGACUUCUUGAAUAUUUUACUUCCUAACCUGAGAAGCUAGGUCUCUGCUGUAACUCGUAACGCAGACGCUUUGCAUUCUGGGACUCUUGAGUCCAGCUUUUGCUGUCUCCACUAAUUCUAUGUCGGAUUUCUCAUUAAUGCGACGGUGAACGUUGCUGGAAAACGCAACCACUGACCUCUCGUAUGCUUGGCGCUAAUCGACAGAUUAGCACCAGAUUCGCUAAACACAUCAGAUAUAUAUAAGAAUAUUUAACGUGAUUCAGGUUGGAGUUUUCCUUUAAAGCACUUUGUUAAAGAUGCAUGCAUGUCUGAUUUGAAUAAACCAAGAUUUUGACCAACACUGUUCAAGUUACUCAGAAAAUAGUAGUAUAGAUUGGUCAUUAAAAUGAUUCCAUAAGCAAGCUCUGUGAAUGACUCGGCAUGUUCGUCAGCCAUACCGCGAGUCACCAAUGAAUGUUGAAACUGUUCAACAAAAUGGAGCUGUAUGGUUGUGCUGUUUAUUGCAGGAAAGAAAACUAUAAAGCAAUACUGGAUUAGCAACAAAACGGAGUACGCGGCUGCAUCGAGUCAGUGUUCGAGAAAUCUAGCACUGUUGUAUUGACACUGAUCGAUUGAGUUGGUUGCAUAUCAUUAACGUGCACAUGCCUACAUGACAAAACACUUUUCUCUUUUACCUUAAAUAACCUAAAAGAACGUUUUGUUUAUGGUACAAAAUGGUUUAUACCGUUUUGAAAUACAUGUGUUAAAGGUUUGAGACCAGUGCGUGUGGCCUCAUGGCAGAGUUGGACAGAAUCGGUCUAAGGUGUGCUCUUUUCCUCUUUAGUGUUCUGGUGCUAAUGUUUGUUAGGACUAUGGGACUGUAAGGGCAGGAAAGUUAAGGAUCAUAUUUGCUUCUCUGUCUAUUUUCAGUACCAGAACAAAGCAGAGACGUUGCUACAAUUCUUAAAGUUUAAUGACGAUUCAGCGUUAUGAAUGAAUACGUUUGUGGAUAACUGAAUGUGUAAUGCUUAAUCAUGUCUGCUUCCUUUUGAUAUGUUUUUGGGUUUUCAAAAUGUGUAUAUUACGAAGGCUGAAUUAAAUAACAAUAAAGAAAUGUAUUUUAUCCUCA